ACGUCUAAAUGGAUAGACGACGUGCGGACAGAGAGAGGCAAUGAUGUGAUCAUAAUGUUGGUCGGAAACAAGACUGAUCUUCAGGACAAGCGUCAGGUGACCACAGAGGAGGGCGAGAAGAAAGCCAAAGAACUGAACGUAAUGUUCAUCGAAACGAGUGCUAAAUCCGGAUAUAAUGUUAAACAAUUGUUUCGAAGAGUGGCGGCAGCGCUGCCGGGAAUGGAGACGAACGAGAGGGCAGGAAAGGAGGACAUUGACCUAAAGGACGGCCCCUCAGAGCAGACCAGCCAAGAGGGCAAAUGCUUUUGUUAA